CGAGAAGAAACCAAUUCUCCCGAAUCUUAAACAACCAAAUCUCACCCGGCCAACUUCCUUCCUCUUCCGCACUGCCUUUGCGCUUCCACGGUUUCAUCUCCACAUCCACACGGUUUCGCUUUCGUUUUCACGAGGAUGUACCGGUCGUCGAGCUGGAGCAGAGUGUCGGAUGAUGACUACAUGCAUGCGCCGCCUAUGGCGUCGACGAUCCUGAGGAUGGGAUCGUUCCAGGGCAACGAGCUGCCCGCUUACGACGCAGCGUCGGAGAUGAUGAGGAAGGAGAAGACGCGGAACAAGCUUGCUGAGAACGCUGUCCACAUAAUACCUCUCGUGCUGCUCGUGUGCGCGGCCAUUCUCUGGUUCUUUUCCAAUCCAGAAGCAGUGGAUGUGGGAAGUAGAGGGGACUCGAUAGCGGCGAGGAUCGAAGGGUUGACGAUCGAAGGCGACAUCGACACAGAGGUUGAUGGGACCCAAUCCGGGCUUUUGCCUUUCCUCGAUCUGGGAGAUGCUGACUCCUCGAGGUCGGCCUCAACCUCGAGGCAUCCACAAGAUCGCGUUCACCACCAGGACAAGCAUUCCAGGAAACCUCACCACUGAGUCCUGGGUCGUGUUCUUGCUGAAUUGUUGGAGAGCUUCAGUUUGGCGGUGAUGGAAUAACAGUGUCUGGCUCAACAAGAAGUCGAGUUACAUCGUGCAUAAGUGCUGGUGUUUGAUGUUGCGAUGUCUGCGUGCUCGAGAUUUUAUGUAUGUUUAUGGAAGAGCGAUCCUCGCAUUCCUAGUUGGUUGUUGGGAAGACGCACGGAAGAUAUUCGCACGAUUGGCACUUGUCGGAACAUGGUUAGUUCAUUGAAUUAGCGAUGGUUAAACUAGGAGACUUAACAAAGUUGAUGAAUUAAAAGCCAUUUUCCUUCUC